UCCGCUGGACUUUCAGUUUCUCUCAACUUUCAUCUCUUUCCCCCCCCCCCCUUUCAAUCCUCUGCCUCUCUUUUCCAAGUAUAUACUGUUUUUGACAGUCAGGGUCUUUAAUUGUGCAGGUUAGGAACUGUUCAUUCUUUUCUGAGGUUUUUCUGGUCCUCACCAUCAGCGUCAUCAACAUUGGUUGCCUGUUGCUUAACUCCAUCUCGGAUCGGGGUUAACGGUCUUUGGCGUUGCCUCAACCGUUUCUCAUUUUGUUCCACUGACCUGUUUCUUACUCUUUCCACUGCGCCCCCCCUAAGAGAGGAUUUAAUCUAUUCCCCCUUCUCCAUCUUUAAAUACUCCUUCUUUUCCGUUGCAGCCGAGAGAGUGACAGAGCUCUUCCCUCUGUCACUCCGAUUUUCCUGACGACAAGGUGUCGACCGCGCGACUCCCUUCGCUUUCUUUUCAGGUCCCAGUCUCACGUUCCUGGACCUCGUUUGAAAGCGCUCGAUAUAUUUCCUCUUCUUCCCGACCGACGGAUUCUAGACGCUCGUCGUCUACAUCUACGAUGGCAUCCGAGUCGUUCAACUCGCCCAGCGGCGAAUUUCGGGGCCGCAGCCAGGAACCCGUGGCUUCUCGCCGAGAGAGUACGCCACACGCAGCUCGCGGAGCCAGCGCAACUCCUGCCCCCUUGGCCUGGUUUCCCCUAGGCUACAGGGAAGGCUUCAGUCAAUGGUGGGCGUCUUUACCCGCCGCCACAGCCGAACACAGGGUUCUUUCCCACCUCCCUUACCUCCAGCAUCAACCCCCAACCCAUCUACAAACCGGUAAAACGAGCAGUGUCUCUGGCGGGACGGGCAGUCUCCAGUCCGCCGAUCAAACGCAGCAGGGUGAGGUAUCAGCCAGUUCUACCAAUGAUCCAUACGGCCCCCGAAUGUGGCGCUCCAGUAUGGUGGAGCUGAGCGGGAAGAUUCGGGCUCUGAACGAGUUCUCUGUCGAGCGGAUUGGUGAAGAAGCAGAUCAACAUCUGGUCAUGCUUCAUGGAUACGGUGCUGGUUUGGGGUUCUUCUAUAAAAAUUUCGAGCCUCUUAGUCGCCUGAAAGGGUGGCAACUCCAUGCGCUGGACCUCCUGGGCAUGGGCCGCAGUACGCGACCACCCUUUCGUAUCAAAGCGAAGGAGCGUGAGCAGGCCAUCAAAGAAGCAGAAGCCUGGUUCGUGGAUGCGCUGGAAGAGUGGCGUGUCAAGCGCAACAUCGACCGUUUCACACUACUUGGUCAUAGUUUGGGAGGCUACAUGGCCGUGGCAUACGCUCUCAAAUAUCCGGGACGACUCAACAAGCUUAUCCUUGCUUCCCCCGUCGGAAUCCCAGAGGACCCGUACGCUGUGCGGGCAGAGAUGCCUGCGCCAAACGAGUCGACCAUGGCGAAUGAGCUCACUCAGAACCAGCGCAAUAUCGCCGAAUCUGCAUCUUCGGUUCCCCCAACUGAGCUUCAGAAAGGCGAUAACAAUAUUUUGCUAAAGGGUUCCCCUACAGAUAGUGGCGCUUCCCAAGAUCGGCCGCCCCGGCGCAUGGUUCCCAAGUGGUUCGCCUAUCUUUGGGAUGCCAACAUCUCCCCCUUCAGCCUGGUGCGAUGGGCGGGACCACUCGGUCCGCGUCUGGUCUCCGGGUGGACAUCCCGGCGUUUCUCCCAUCUUCCGGCAGAGGAGGCCAAAUCUCUGCAUGACUAUUCGUAUUCGAUCUUCAGCAUGCGCGGCAGCGGCGAGUAUGCUCUAUCGUACAUUCUCGCCCCGGGCGCAUUCGCCCGCAGUCCGCUAAUCCGACGCAUCGAGGGCGUCGGUCGUCAAUUCAUCCAGCAAAAUCCGUCACCCGCAUCUGCUGUCCUCGAGUCUGCGAAAGCCGCAGCUGUAGCUACCACAUCCCAAUCUACUCUUGAAUCUUCCUCGGCCAACUCAGCCCCUUCUCAGACCCCCUCAACGACACCUAAGCGCGAGAACGGUCUCCCCAUCAUCUUCAUGUACGGUGAUCACGACUGGAUGGACGUGAAGGGCGGGCUAGCCGCAAAGGCUAAGUUGGAUCAAGAGAAGGAGCGUAUCUUGCAAAACGCAACAGUGGAGGAACGCGAAGCGGACAAUGGCUCAGCUAAGGUGGUCAUUAUCAAGAGGUCCGGCCAUCAUAUCUAUCUAGACGGAUGGGAAGACUUCAACCGCAUCGUUUUGGCUGAGAUGGAGGAGGUGGCUCAGAAGGAGAGAGCUAAUCGCGCCUCAUAGAGCUCUUUUUCUCUGUGCAGUCUAAUCUAACUCUUUUCUUUUGGCCAAAGUCUUCUUUUUUGUUUAAAGAGGUGUUUAUUACGUUGGGUCAUCAAAUAGCGGGUUUUGUUCAUUUUGCUUGUGAAUCUUGUUCUUUGUGGAGCAAGUAAACAUUGAUGGUUUUGAUUUAAAGAUCGGGCGAUGUCUCAAAUAGUAUCUGUCGAUCAUGGACUACGUGGAAUGUAUAUACCUUAACGGUAGAAGUAGACAUAUGAUGACAAAAUGGCAAGCAUAGAGA